AGGUUCACUCGCGUGUGCCGCGUGCGUGCGGACGGUACCGGGCACUGUGAUUUCGACAGCGUGACGACGCCGUCGUCGUCGUUCCCAUCCUCGUCGUCGCCACGAGUGGCAACGCGUUGUCGCACCCCCGUUGUCGGUCAUGGACAACGUGGCGCACAGCCCGGGCGGGCUGGCGAGGUUGUCGACGCUGGUGGGCGCCCCGGAGGCCGCGCUGCGUCUCCUCGUCUCUAUCCUGCUCGGAUUCCCCGUCGCUCUCUUGCACAGGUACACGCUCUACGGCAAGGACCCCAUCCGCCAGCACGUUUUCUUCAUAGCGUGCGGUCUCUCGAUCGGUUACUGGAAUUACGAUUGCAACAUACUGCAUUCGUCGACGGCGGUAUGCGCGACGUAUCUGAUCCUGACGGUCCUUGGCAGUACCGGAUUGUCCGUCAUAGUGACGUUUCUCUUCAACAUGACGUAUCUGCUUUACGGCUAUUACACUACCAGUACCCAAGAUUACGACAUAAAAUGGACAAUGCCGCAAUGCGUCCUGACCCUUAGGUUAAUAGGACUUGCAUUUAAUUUAUGGGAUGGUCAGAAACGUGACGAGAAGCUGUCCGACAGCCAAAGGCGCGUCGCCCUCAAGGAACGACCGUCGCUGCUGGAGAUCGCGGCGUACGCUUACUUCCCGGGCGCGUUCCUGAUCGGGCCGCAAUUCAGUAUGCGACGAUACCUGGACUAUGUCAAUGGCCAGCUCACGGAACGCGAUCCGCAAACGGGUGCCGCGAAGCUGCCGGAUUGCGUGUCGGCCGGACUGCUGCGGGCCUUCAUCGGGUUUAUAUGCGUGGCGGUGUUUCAGAUCGGCACGCUCUAUGUCUCCGAUCAGUAUCUCUUUGAGGAGUCGUUCCAAAAUCUGAAUCUAAUAAAGAAGUGCUUGCUCAUCGGCUUGUGGGGCCGGAUCAAUCUCUACAAAUACGUCAGCGUCUGGCUGAUCACCGAAGGGGUGUGCAUCACCUUCGGCCUGACGCACAAUGGAAAGGACCAGGACGGUAACGUCCGAUGGGACGGUUGUGCGAACGUGAAGCUACGUCGGUUCGAGACUGCCACGCAGUUCAAUCAUUACAUUCUCUCGUUCAAUAUAAAUACCAAUCACUGGUGCGCGGAGUACAUUUACAAGAGAUUAAGGUUCCUCGGCUCGAAGAUGUACAGUCAGAUCUGUACGUUGCUCUUCCUCGCGCUCUGGCACGGUUUCCACUCUGGAUACUAUCACUGUUUCUUCAUGGAAUUCCUCGUGAUGUACUUUGAACGAGACAUCGGACCGGUGUUGAAGAACAGCGAGAAGGUACAGACAUUGCUGAAAACGCGAUGGGAGGCGCGCCUGCUCUCCUGGAUCUUUCUCAAGUUUUACACCUUCGUUUUCAUGGGAUACUCUCUCAUGUCGUUUGUGCUGCUAUCGUUUCCACGGUACAAUCAAGUCUACGCCAGUUUGUACUAUUGUGGACACGUAAUCUUCCUCUUAUACCCGUUGCUCGCGCCAUUCAUCAAGCGAUUGAUCGGUCAAGGACACGAGCGUCAGCGAUCGCACCAAGAAUAAGACGACACGAUCCCACGCGCAUCAUUAUUAUUAAAGUAUUGUCCCUCCUGUAUUCGUUGUGUAUCAAUAUUCGAGAAGAAGUUGUAAUGAACGGACGCUUAUGUACAGUCACAAUGUCGUCAGUCUUCGAAGUAUCAAAGAGAAUGUGAUAGCGCGUAUCCAACGGAGAGUACGGAACAAGGAGCGUAUUAUCGUUAUUGUCGCGUUUCGUAACGCGUAUUCUGUAAAAAACCUUCAUCGUUCUUGCCUUUCUAUUUAUGGUGAGAGAUCUGAGAAUGAGUCACAGAGAAGCAUCAGACGUUCCAUCAACGAGCUAUAAUUUUCUCUUUCCGCAUCGGACUAGAGGAAUUCCGUAAAACUAACGUUGCAUUUCCGUUAGUGAUUAUCUUGGAGAUUAAGUCGUGUACGAGGAAUUUCAUUGAUGGCUGCCGCAUGAACAAUACACUAUUGACAAGAGAUAGAGAUAUCGCUAAUCAGGAAUUUUAUUAUUAAGUUUGCAUUUUCUGUUUAAAAUUCUGCGAUCCUAAUUUUGUAAUUGCGGAUCUAAAACAUUUUUUAAACGCGGUUCGAUAUUCUCGGUGAUUCCUGUGAUACGUUCUCGGGUUCUCGAUCAUUUUCCUAUAGCGUGUUCGAUCGGUUACAGUUCUACUUCGUACUUACAAUCUGCCGGUACCAGUGCGCGAUAAGAUAUCACGGUUUAGAGCGUAUUAUGUUUUUUUAGCGAUAAGAACGAACAAUGGGCGAGAUGUAACUGCGCAAUGUGAACUCGUUUAAACUGCGCCACGGUCGUUAAUAUCAAACGAUCGCGAAGGCAGAAAAAAAAAUCGAUUAUGCCCUUGGGCGCUGCAACCGCAAACGGCGAGCGUCCACUUUGCGAAAGUAAGUUCAGGGAAGUAAGAACGCACCGGGAGGUAUACUCGGGGGGACGAUUCCGUGAGCAUGAGACGGCAGACUGGCUCGAUCGAGAUUGGAUCGUCCGUUUCAUCACGGUUCCGCGUACUUGUUCCGCCAAUUCUAUUCAAGAUUAAUUGCGUUUCGCUAUACCGCUAGAUGUAAGUGCAACGAUGACAAAUUGAACUUGAUUCUAGUCGGGUCACGUACCUUCUUUAUCUUGCAUACGCACGCUCUGUCGUUAUCAGCCUGGAUGGAGUGACGUGAUCGGGGCGAUGUCCCGAUCACGCGUAUGUCGCAGUUACCUUCGUAGAUAAAAAUCUGACAACGAUCUAGCUCUAUCUGUCCAUGUUGCGGGCACGCGGUCGCGCGGCCCCUUGUUACGCGCAGUUUUUAUCGUCGAAAUUGAAAGAGUAUAGUCCGACAGCGAUCCGACAUAGAUGUACUACUGGAUAUACCUUGCGAUCGCUCAGUUUCCUGUUCGUAUUUAGCGAGCGGCUAUUAAUUUGACUUUUGAAUUAAUCUGAUUAAUUAAAUCGGAUAUCUCAUGAUUUGUGUUUUGAUGCUUUGAUUCGCCGAUCGGAAGGUAUGGCCAGUCUUCGCGACAAAAUAGUCGUGCGACGUUUGCAAAAAGAAACUUUUUAGAUAUUUUAAGUAGAUAGUUAAUCUACAGGGGUAGGAAUUGGGAUUUACGUUUAUUAACCGACGGUAUAGUAUGAUCUGAUUUCUCCUUAGUUGAUAAGUGCGAGCGCGAAUUUGAAUCGCGCUCUACGGGUCUACUCGAGACUUGAUCACCAAUUUCGUACUUAAUGCUAUGAUACGAAUACACGCCACUCCGUGUUACCGUUGUGCGAGUACCUUAUCUUGCCUCAAAGAUCUUGCGUUUCAAAUGUCUUCGAAAGAGAGAAAAUCGUUAUCAUUAGAGUUAAUAUGCGGAUAUAGCAGACGAAUAGAGUGACGUGCAUGUGUAUUCUCGAGCGGACAGUUCUUCCGCUAGAACGCCGAAGCAAAAGGAUAACGUAGUUAGGACUAGGCGCUCGCGGGCGUGACUUUGAAUCUUUCAACUUGGUACGAGCUUUCCACGAGUAGAUCCGCGCUCGUGAGGCGAGAUCGAGAAACAGAGAAGAGGCGGAAAGUAAAUUAAUUGACAUGCCGUUGGGGUUGUUUGAUAUAAAAAAAAUAUGUAUAUUUACGAUUAUUUUCUUAAAAAGAGAUACAAAAAUUGAGAAGCACCGACGUCUCGUGCGAAGCGAUCUGUUUCGUGUUUACCUUUAAGAGGACCGACGGGUGUAUGUUCGGCACUCGCUCGAAGGUGCGUGCACGCGACACCCACGAGCGGACUUGGCGACACGAGGCGUCUGCCCGUCUCGAGCACCUUCAAACACCACGCGGCCUAUCUUACGAGAUACUGGCGAAUAUAUACACACGCAUCCCUCUUGUACGAUUAAUUAAGAUCCGAGGGCGGGGACCCGCGAGUCCCCGGACCCCGCGUUUGCGCACGCGUCGCGUUUGCGACGUCGUAUCGUUAUAGUGGUCUCCGUAGAACGCUGUUCCUAAAGUGCCGAAUGGACGGUGAACCGAUGUGCCACUCGCGAUGCACGAGUCUUAGUACGGCCCGCUGGGACCCUGAGGCGGCGCCCCGUAACUGUCGAUGGGUUGUCCUGGUUGCUGGCCCGGUGGUCCGUAUUCGCCGCCGCCUUGCUCCUUCUGUAAUGCAUAAAAAUAAAUGAUGUAAGCGAUAAGACACC